AUGAAAUCAGACAAUUAAAGUAAAGCAAUCAGCACAAAGAUUACAAACGCAACAGAUUAUUCAGGAGAGCAUAGAGCUUGGUAGCAAAGAGUAGAGAAGGAAAUGCAUUCUUAAACAUAGUAAUAAAAUAAGCCUGAUGAUAGAUAAGACGUUUCAAAGACAAGUAAAUUUUCUAAAAAUUUCCAAAAUUUUGCAUUUUCAAGUAAAAAAAAUUCAAAUACGAAGAGCACAAAUUUAGAAAAUUUUGUUAAAAGAGAAAUAGAAAUUAGAUCGUAGGCUGAUGAAACAUUCUACCCUCCUGAAGCUAAUUAAAAUAGAGUAGGGAGUUCAACUUUCGCAAAAAGAAUGCUUAGUUAAUAGCAUAGUCCGAAAUAAAAUCAAAGAUCUUUUAUUGGAACCUAUGGUAAUCAUAUUAAGAGCAGUAAUAAAUAUUCAAGUGAAUAAAGAUAUCAAGAAGCAAAGAAUGAAAUUCCAAGAUUUAAUGAAGAUUUAGAAAUGACAUAAUCCCAUAAAAGUAGGUCGGUAUUUCGCAAAGCACUUCAAUAGAGGAACAGCUAACUCUAGUCAACUUAAAAAUUAGAGGAAACUUACACAAAUGCAGAUGAUCAAUAUGCUCCGAUAGCUGAGUAUAGUAAUCAAAGACCUUAGACGAGUCAUGUGAGUAGAAAGUAGUAUUCUGUAGCUAAACCCAAGUCUGCUGCAGGAAGGUCUAGUGUUUCAAAUGUAUCUAGUAUAAAAUCGAGAAUAGUAGAAUUAAAAAAGCAAAAAAUUAUUGAGGUUGUCUCAAAGAUGGAUGAAAGUGAUGUAGAUUAACUUUCUCGUUAGCUAAAGAUAGAUACAAACCCUAAAAUCUUAAUGAAUAGUGUGCUAACUUAGGAAAAUUUAGAAAAGUUAAAAGAUGCUUAGAGCGUUUAUAGUUAAUAAGACUUUAGAAGUUUGACAGAGAAAUUAAACUCAAUAAAACCAAAAGAAGAGUAAAAUUUUAUUUGUUAAAACCUAUUUAGGAUCUUAAGCUAGAUUCAGAGCGCAUGGGAAGAAGAUGAGAUACUAUCAAGUGUGAUAUCAACAACUCAUAAAUCUAAUUCAUUAAAGAGUGUCGGGGCCUCAUAUUACAGCUACCUUACUGGAAUAGAGAGACAGUUAAGAGACGAAAAAGAACAUAGAAAAUAGAUGGAAGAGUAGAUUCGAUAGCUUUAAAAGAAAAAUGAAGAGAUGAGUGAGUAUAUAAAAUAAAAAUCUCACUAUACUUCUAUGUCUUAGAGAUUAUUAUGA